ACGCCUUCACUGACCUGCCGUAAAGUGUGGCGUUUCUGUUAUUGAACUACAUCUGAUGUUCUCGCUUUAAUUUAAGUUUAAAUAGCAAGAUUUUGAUCGAUUUAAUCAUAGUUUAUGGCAGAAAUUAAUCCGAGGGUUUGGAUUUUAUUGAAGAGUUGUACAAAAGGAAGGUAAAGGCGAAUAGAAACCAAUGUUGUUGUCGGUUUAGCUUCCUGCCGGCGGCUCCGAGUAAUUUCUGAAGGUCUCACCCAUCAUGCCGGAGCCGGCGCUGCUCGUCCUGUACGGGAGCCAGACCGGGACGGCCCAGGACACGGCCCGGACCGUCGGCCGCCAGGCGCAGAGACGGCACAUGCGCGUCCGCGUGGCGUCACUGGACGACUACAACGUGGCCGAGCUGAUCUCGGAGUCCCUGGUGGUCUUCGUGUGUUCCACCACGGGACAAGGAGAAGCUCCGGACAACAUGAAGAACUUCUGGAGGUUCCUCUUCAGGAAGUCCCUCCCCGGGGACUCGUUGAGCUGCCUGGACUGCGCCGUGCUCGGCCUGGGUGACUCCUCCUACCCCAAGUUUAAUUUCGUGGCCAAGAAGCUCCACAAGCGCCUGCAGCAGCUCGGCGCCAACAUGCUCACGCCGGUGGGGUUGGCGGACGACCAGCACGACGUCGGGCAGGAUGCGGUGAUUCGGCCGUGGCUAGCUGCGUUUUGGGCCGCCGCCGCGGCCCUGCACCCGUCGCUGGCCGCCAUCGCCCCGCUGAGGGACGACCAACCACUUCCCCCGACGUACACGUUCCACUUCCUGGAUGCCGGGACGGACGGCGCGGACGAGCGACCGCGGCUGGGGAUGGGGCCAACAUCCCGGGGGCCACGCCCCUUCCCCGCCAGGAUGACGUCCAACCGACGAGUGACGGCAACGUCGCACUUCCAGGAUGUGCGACUCAUAGACUUUGACAUCACCGGGUCCGACAUCGAAUAUUCCGCCGGGGACGUUGUGAUGAUGCGUCCGUGCAACGCGCCGGAGGAUGUGGAGCUCUUCUGCCAGCUACUCGGGUUGGAUCCAGGGGCCAGAUUUACCCUCAAGGCCACGGGCGAUGCAGCAGUUCCAGAGAGUCUACCUCAGCCCUGCUCGGUGCGCUACCUGGUGGAAUGCUACCUGGAUAUCGCCGCGGUGCCUCGGCGCUCCUUCUUUGAGCUGCUGGCCACGAUGGCUAGCAACGAGCUGGAGGCGGAGAAGUUGCUGGAGUUCAGCUCGGCGGCGGGUCAGGAUGAGCUGCACAGCUACUGCAACCGGCCCAGACGCACGGCGCUGGAGGUCCUGGCAGACUUCCACCACACCGCCAGAGACCUGAACCCGGACCACCUCCUCGACCUCUUCCCCGAGAUCCAGCCCCGCUCCUUCUCCAUCGCCUCCUCCCCCAAGGCUCACCCGGGCCGGCUACAGGUUCUGGUGGCGGUGGUCCAGUACCAAACCAAACUCCACAAACCACGAAGAGGCCUCUGCUCCACUUGGUUAGCCUCACUGGACCCCACACGAGGGGACGUCCACGUUCCCCUCUGGGUGAAGAAGGGAACUCUCAGGUUCCCCCGGGACCAGGACACCCCGGUCAUCAUGGUCGGCCCGGGGACCGGAGUGGCCCCGUUCCGGUCGGUGCUCCACGAGAGGCUCGCCGAGGGGAAAACCGCCAACGUGCUUUUCUUCGGCUGCCGCUCCGAGAACAAGGACUUCUACUUCCAAUCGGAGUGGGAGGACAUGGUGGAGGCGGGACAUCUGAAGCUCUUCACCGCGUUUUCUCGAGACCAGGAGGAGAAAGUGUACGUCCAGCACCGGGUCCAGGAGAACGCCGCCCUCCUGUGGGACCUGAUUUCCAAGAAAGGAGCCUGCGUCUACAUCGCUGGAAACGCGCAGCAGAUGCCGGCCAGCGUCUGCGACGCUCUGACGGAGGCGUUCCGGCGGGAGGGCGGCUUGUCCCAGGAGGACCAUGCUGAGGAGAUGCUGACGGCCAUGGAGAAGACGGGCCGGCUGCAGAGGGAGACCUGGUCCUGAGCCGCUGCCCUGCUCCUCCUCAUGCUGCAAAUGCUGCAUUUCUGCUCAGUCGUACUUUGAUGUUUAUAUUAAAUCAUACUGAGGAGCCAAA